AUGGUUGACAAUAGUUUUUGUCUCUCCAGCAACCAAUGCAGAAACCUCAGGUUCAAUCGAUUCGACAGCACAGUCCAGUACAGCAACGGCAGGCGAAACCUCUGCGACGGCGUCGUCUGGGACGCUUACCGAAACCAUCUCAACCACGAAUUCACUACUACAGCCCCCCUUACAACUCCAACCUUUACCCUAGUUGGCGGCGGCGGCUCUGUGAACGGUGACCCCAUCAAAGGCAUUGAUCAACAAGGGACCAUCAUGCUAUUCAACCCGGAAAGAGGAACCCAACGCAUCCGAACGUUUAUCCUUGAUCCUCAAACUGGCCGAUUGCGAGACAGGGAUACUGGAGUUUCUGUUUGUGCAUACUACGGCUUUGCCGAAUCUCCCUCUGACCCGGUUCACUUUGGAUUUUGUCAGAAUGGAAACACUGGUCCUGGCAUGUACUACGACUAUCUGACCUGCGAGAUAGUCAAUGGUAAGCUUGCCUGUACGGCUCCAAAGGCUUCCUGCUCAGGCGAUGGCUUUGAGGAUAUAAGCUGUGUCUCUGAUCCCACCAGCGGCUUGAACAACCAAUUUUACUACAAGUACGAUGCUGGAAAUGGUGAUUAUCUGUACAUUUCUAGUGGUAGUCCGAGCAGCUAUACGCCUGUGGAUAUUAUUGUCCAGGAAGCUUGA